AUGUCGUUUUCGUUUUUCAAGGCUUCGAGGCCUAAAACGCCGCAGGAGGUGGCCAAGUCUAUCAAGGAGAGCCUCAUGGCCCUCGAUACCAAAACCGUUGUUGAAGUUAAAGCCCUUGAGAAGGCUUUAGAGGAAGUUGAAAAGAAUUUUGUAACAAUGAGAACCAUGCUUUCUGGGGAUGGAGAGUCAGAACCAAAUUUGGAUCAGGUUUCGCAGUUAGUGGAGGAAAUGUGCAAGGAUGAUGUUCUUACUCUUCUAAUUCACAAGCUGCCUAUACUAGGAUGGGAAGCAAGAAAGGAUUUAGUCCACUGUUGGUCGAUAUUAUUGAAACAUAAAGUUGAUUCUGUUUCUUGCUGCGUCGAAUACAUUGAACAACACAUUGAUUUACUAGAUUUUCUUGUUGUAUGCUAUGAUAACAAAGAUAUUGCUUUGAGCUGUGGCAUAAUGUUGCGGGAGUGCAUCAAAUUUCCAUCACUUGGAAGAUACAUAUUGGAAUCUGCUAGUUUUGUGUUGUUCUUUAAAUUUGUAGAGUUGCCUAACUUUGAUGUUGCAUCUGAUGCAUUUUCUACCUUCAAGGAUCUUCUCACUAAGCAUGAAAACGUGGUCUCUGAAUUUUUGACAGCUCACUAUGAUGAGUUCUUUGAUUUAUACGAGAGACUUUUGACAUCUCCUAAUUAUGUCACAAGGAGGCAGUCUUUGAAGCUUCUUUCGGAAUUUCUUUUGGAAUCUCCUAACUCUCAGAUAAUGAAGCGGUACAUCUUAGAAGUUCGCUACUUGAAAGUCAUGAUGACAUUGCUGAGGGAUUCAAGUAAAAACAUUCAGUUAUCAGCCUUCCACAUUUUUAAGGUUUUCGUUGCUAAUCCCAAUAAGCCUGUUGAAGUAAAACUUAUUUUGGCGAAAAACCAGGAAAAGCUGCUAGAAUUGCUUCAUAAUCUGUCCCCAGGAAAAGGUUCAGAAGAUGACCAAUUUGAGGAGGAAAAGGAGUUUAUCAUCAAGGAAAUUAAAAGACUAUCAUGCUAA